UCCUCCCUGCACUCCGAUCCCGGAAGCGAGCUCUGCUCCGCCUCUUCCGAGCCGGGUCGCGACCUUGAGGCCCGGAGUCGGGUUUCCGAGCGUGCGGGUUCCUUCGCCGGCACUGCUGCCCCCUUUCUCGCCAUGGCAGCGGCCCGGAACCUGCGUACCGCGCUCAUAUUCGGAGGCUUCAUCUCCAUGGUCGGCGCCGCCUUCUACCCCAUCUACUUCCGGCCCCUUAUGCGGCCGGAGGAAUACCAGAAGGAACAGGCUGUAAAUCGAGCUGGUAUUGUCCAGGAAGAUGUGCAACCACCAGGGUUGAAAGUGUGGUCUGAUCCAUUUGGCAGGAAAUGAGGCUGUCAGCAAGUCUGAUGCGGAAAGUGGACAUCUUCAUCCUGUACAUUCCACAGUGGGGACAAGAGAUGCCUCACUGUGGCAGCAUGGCUGGAGAGGGAACUCUCGUGCUGCUAGCCAGAUCCCUGUGAUAGAGACUGUGUGCAAACUCAGUGCUUCCCUUAACUCCCUGGAGAACCUGAACAGAUGACACCAUUAGGAAGUGCCUUGCGGCUCCAUUGACUUUGCAAGAGCAGAGCCAGCCUGCAAGGCUGUUUGUGGGAGAUCUGCUGCUCAUGCAGUCUUUAUCACUUCCAAGCUGUGAUGUGAACACAAGCAACCUGUGGGCUCAGGGUCCGUGGCUGCUCCGACGCCUUCUGAAUAAGCGAUUUCAGUGCAAAUGGCCUUGCCAAGCUGCCUUGAAGGGCUUUUGGAGGAUGUUUCAGUUGAUAAAACUGUUUGAAGACAGGAUCCUUGGCACUGUUUAAGAAUACACACUGUUCAGCUUAACCAUCUCAUUGAAAGUCACUGUGUGUGGAAGUGAAUAGGGAGCGAGUCACACUAGACUAUACCACGCACAGUAGACUCCUGCGUGAGGCUGUGGGUAUUAAAAUGGUUUCUCUUA